AUGCUUCUGCCUAAGAAUGGCGUGUCCUGGAAGGCGGCACAGGCCAGGCUGCCUCCGACCAGAGCCAUAUGGACUUUUCUCACACGCACCCGCUUCCUGUUGGUCGUCGCCAUAGUCGGCCUCGUUAUCUUGUUAUGGAGGGNNGGAGUCACAGGUACUGCCGAGGACCUGCAANAAAUGCUAUGGACCGGAAGCCUACAAACCCCCGUCAUCUUCAAUCACCACGCUCCCGUCGAGAUCAACCACACCACCAUCAGUAGUGUCGACCUCAAUCCCAUAAAGAGCACGAGACAAGCCAUCGACAACAAGGAGCGCGUCCUCCUUCUCACCCCUCUACGCGACGCCGCCNCCUACAUCAACAAGUACUUUGAUCUCCUCGUUGAAUUGACCUACCCUCACGACUUGAUCGAUCUCGCUUUCCUGGUCGGCGACAGCACUGAUGACACACUUGCCGUCCUCUCCAAGGAACUCGAGCGCAUCCAGAAUCGCCCCGACGCGACUCCCUUCCACAGCGCUACCGUUGUUCAGAAAGAUUUCGGUGUUCAUUUGAGCCAAAAUGUCGAGGACAGACACGGUUUCGCUGCUCAGGGCCCGCGUAGAAAGGCAAUGGGCAAGGCUAGAAAUUACCUUCUCAGUGCUGCUAUGAAGCCUGAGCACAGUUGGGUCUACUGGCGCGACGUCGACAUCAACGAUAGCCCUUCCAAGAUCAUUGAGGACUUUAUCGCCCACGACCGCGAUGUUCUUGUUCCUAGAAGAUUCGACUACAACUCAUGGCAAGAGUCCGAAAAGGGUCUCAAGCUGGCCGCCACACUUGACAAAGAUACCGUCUUGGCAGAAGGUACAUUCAUCUCCACUGCGAUCCUCCCCCAGCAGACGCUAACAACCAUCACCUUACAGNGCUACAAAGAGUACGACACAGGCCGCACAUACAUGGCCAAGAUGGGCGACUGGCGCGAGGACAAGGACGUCGAAAUUCCACUGGACGGCAUCGGCGGCGUCAAUAUUCUGGUCAAGGCCGAUGUCCACCGCUCCGGUAUCAACUUCCCUUCCUACGCGUUUGAGAACCAAGCCGAGACAGAAGGCUUUGCGAAGAUGGCCAAGCGUGCGGGAUACGGUGUUUAUGGAUUGCCGAAUUACAUUGUGUGGCAUAUUGAUACGGAUGAGAAGCCUGGAAACGCGUAG